AUGAGUAUACGUGUACACAAUUUGAAACGGUUUGAGGAACUUCAGCAAAAUGCAAUAAGCAUCUCAUCUCAAUUACCGAAAUCACGUUCGCCAUCACCAUCUACAAAAGUCAGCAAUAAAUCGACAAUUUUAGCUCUGACCAAGGAGACACAGAAGAGAAGAAUGACAAAAAAACAUGAACUUUACAUGAAGGAGCGAGAAGAAAUGGAGAAGAAACUUGCUGAGACCAUUGCUGAAAAUAUUCAGCGACAAAAGAGCAAGAAGGAGGGACAGUAUUUGAAGCUGCAACAGGAAGUAGAGGAAGGCAAUGAUCUUAUACAAGAACUUCAUGAGACUUUAGAGCUACAGCAGCUGUCUAAAAAUGGACAGCUUUCACGGAUGCACGAAGAGUGGACUACCGGAGUUUUUCACAAGCUUAAUGACCCAAUUCUUGCAAAAGUGCAGUCCAUGGACGGCAAGCUGCGCAGCGCUAAGAGGGCUGAUGCGUACCAAAAGUUCUUGGACGUGACUCGCAAAAAGGGAGGACUUUUUCGUGACAUUAUCAUCGAAAGCGAGUACAACCCCAUGAGUGACAUCAAGUUUAUUAAACACCGAGAGAAUGUGGAUGAUCCAACGAAACGGGGGAUACGGCGGCGAGAGGAAGAGGAUGCUAUUGCUCGAGCUGGUACUACCAUGUCGGAUGAAAGUGGUGAUGAUAUGCUUGGUUUAAAGGAGCAAUACACUUGCCGUCGCGAUAGUCUCGAUGUCAAGCUUUGGGCAAAAGGUGCGUAUGAAAGCACACCUUACGGUUAUUUUCACAAGAUGAUGAAUAGUACGGCAAGUUCCGAAGGGUCAAAGACGUAUGCAUCGCAUGUGAAGUUUGAUCACUACAACAUUGAAACUGGUCCAGAGGUUGUUCGUCGGGAACUUCCGAAAGGAAAGCGUACUAAUUUCGAUGGAUAUAAAGUUCCAAAAACGACAUUUCAGAUAGACUGA